CCAGCCCAGUUGUCUGAUCUCUCCUCCAGCUGCUGUGCUGCGCACCUGGGGUUUGGCUCGCUACAGCAGGCAGGAAGGUGACAAGGAUGAAAGGAUCACGACUGCCAUAAACUUGUCACAAAGGACACCUUCUAUCAGCUAACUAGCAGUUGGUGGCCCCCUGCAGACAUUGCCCAAUACCGGUUUUAACUAAUGGAUUCCAGCUAAAUGAAACUGACUUUCACCAACUGGGAAGUUGGUUUUGUAAACCCGUUUACAUACCAUUGCAUCUGGCUGCCAGAAAGAAUUUCAAGGACCUGAAAGUCCCUUUUCUGAAGUCUUGUCCGUCUGGCGACUAACACUGAAGAUGGAGGAUGAAGAUGGGUACAUGGCUAUAGACCCAGCCACCCGGGAUGCGUACCCAAGACCACCUCUCAAGAAAACCAAAGAUCCAUCCUCCAAUCUUAUCUGGUGGAAAAUUGGUCUUGGCAUUUCGCUGGCAGGAAUUAUUGCUUUGACACUGGCUUUGAUCAUUCUCACUCUUCCAGCUUCCCAAGGCUCUGCUCAAAGAAGCCAGGUGACCUUGCCACAUCCAGUGAUCUACUCAGCACAACAAUGUGACUACCCAAACAGCAGUGCGCUGGAACGUCUCUCCAAACUCCCAAGAUACGAUUCAUGCAAAGACGCUUUUGCCUCAUGUAUGCGUGAACCUUCUGACAUCUGCAUCCAAGUGCCAAAGACCCCCAUCACUGCAGCAGUCAAUGAAACGGCAUUCAUCCCUGUUGAUGUCCAAGUCCCAAAGACUGACUGGGAUUUCGUUGAAAUCCAAUGGCAUCACAUCAAAGGAUCGGAGGAAGACUUCAUUCUGAAACUUAACAUGAGGUCAUGCAGCCUAACCAGCAACCCGCAGAAGUGGUGGCAGCGUUAUUGCCACCUCUUUUACGAGGUGUUGCCGAAACAUCGGAGGAGAGUGUCAGUCAUGACGAACGCUUGGCUGGUCAUCUGCAAUGUGCAACCGGAAGAUUCUGGGAGAUACCAAAUCACAGUGAUAGCCAACAACAUGAAAGAUGCAUGUAGUUUUGUGAAUCUUUCAGUGGCUGGAGGAGAUGGUGAAGGAAGCAGGCAUUCAUCACACUAAUUGAAGAAUGUCAGGAGAAUUUCUUCA